AUGAAGGCGUUCGUGUCUUUUGCAGUGUUCAGUGCUACAGUUGCGGCCUUGCCUGAUAGUUGGCAUCGCCAUGCUGAGACGAAACAGAUUGACAACGCUACCACUUACGACUACAUUGUGGUAGGCAGCGGUCCUGGCGGUGGCCCCUUGGCGGCCAGACUCGCCGUUGCUGGUCACAAGAUACUUCUCAUCGAUGCCGGUGACGACCAUGGCAAUGCAACUCAGUAUCAAGUUCCAGCGCUACAAUUGCAAGCGACCGAGUAUGAGCCUAUGCAAUGGGACUACUUCAUCAACCACUACAAGGACCAGUCACGGCAAGAAACAGACUCCAAGAUGACUUGGAACACGCCUUCUGGGGAGCACUACGUGGGAAGCAGUCCGCCUGAUGGGUCAAAACCUCUUGGAAUCUGGUACCCGCGUGCAGGAGCUCUUGGAGGCUGCUCAGCACACAAUGCCAUGAUCACCAUCUACCCCCACGAGAGCGACUGGAAUGAUAUCGCGUCCCUCACCGGUGAUCAAUCUUGGAGCGCAAGUCAUAUGCGAAAGUAUUACGAGAAGCUAGAGCGCAGCAAUUACCUUCCUAGCAGCGUUGUAGGUCACGGAUACAAUGGUUGGCUGGAGACGAGUUUGACAGACCUAUCGUUGGUUGUGGAGGACCAGAAGCUGCUCUCCCUCAUCCUUGCCGGUGCCACGGCUAUGGGUAAGGGACUUCUGGGCAAGUUGAUCACGACGGUCACUGGCUUAGGGGAGAUUAUGCUUCGCGAUAUCAACGCGUAUACACCCACUCGUGAUGCUUCGGAAGGGCUCUAUCAGGUACCUUUGGCGGUGAGCCUAAUGGAAAAGCAGCGCACAGGCCCUCGGAGCUUCAUCCUAGAUACCGCAAACGCAGUCAACGAUGAUGGCUCACGGAAGUAUCAUCUAGACAUUAUGCUAAACACUUUAGUCGCCAAGGUUCGCUUCGACACGUCCGGAACCAAGCCGAGAGCUGUCGGAGUUGACUAUCUUAAAGGUUCAAGCCUAUAUCGUGCCGACCCGCGCGCCGCCGGCUCUUCCUCCGGGGGUAUUCCUGGCAGUGUUGAUGCAGCUCGUGAAGUCAUCAUCUCUGGUGGUACAUUCAACACUCCCCAGCUGCUCAAGCUCUCCGGUAUCGGUCCCGCAUCUGAGCUCUCCCAGUUCGAUAUCCCUAUUGUUGUAGAUCUACCCGGCGUCGGCACCAACCUCCAAGACCGCUACGAAACCACUGUCGUCGCGGACUCCAAUACGGAUUUUGCGAUCACCACCGAUUGCACCUUCCUCCGCACCAACCCUGACCCAUGUCUAGAGCAAUGGAAGAACCUUCCUGGCCCAACCCUCAAAGGCACUUACGCUACCAACGGCAUCGCUGUCGCCAUCAUCAAAAAAUCUUCAGUCGCAGAAGACGAACCCGAUCUUCUGAUUUCUGGCGCUCCCGCCUACUUCACCGGCUACCACCCGGGAUACUCGUCUAAGGCCCUCAAAGAUGCACAUCACUGGGCAUGGAUCGUUCUAAAAGCGCAUUCCCGAAAUAACGCCGGCACCGUCGCAUUGCGAUCCACCGACCCACGCGACACCCCUUCUAUCAACUUCAACUACUUUGACACUGGCGUUACUGCCGACGGUGCCGCGGACAAAGACCUGCAAGCUGUGUACGAAGGCAUGCAGCUCUCGCGUGAGAUCUUCAAGAACGUGAUUCCGCUACAAGGAACAUUUGAGGAGGUAUGGCCUGGUCCAAAUGUGACGACUGAGGCGCAGAUGAAAGAGUUUAUUAGGAAAGAGGCAUGGGGACAUCAUGCAAGCUGGUUAGGGGCACCAAAGGGCUAA